GGUGGGGGAGGAGGAGGAGGAGGAGAAGGAGGAGGAGGCGGCGCCAUUCAUGUCGGGUGGCCGCCGGUGAUGGAGGCGGAGGAGAGGACGGCGGCACCAGCACCACCUCACCCUCCCUGACCAGCGGAUCUCCGACCGUCUGAGGAGGUGGAGGAGGGGGAAAAAAUACACACGCACACACACAUAUUUACUUGAACUUUUAAUUCUUCACCUGAGGCGACGCCGUGAUUGCGGCUGAGAGAAGAUGGCGAGCGAGCCUCCGGCCCGCAGCCUGGACGACAUCGACCUCUCCGCCCUCCGGGAUCCUGCAGGUAUAUUUGAACUCGUGGAAGUAGUUGGAAAUGGCACAUAUGGACAAGUGUAUAAGGGUCGCCAUGUCAAAACAGGGCAGCUUGCGGCCAUCAAAGUCAUGGAUGUCACAGAGGAUGAAGAGGAGGAGAUCAAACAGGAGAUUAACAUGCUGAAGAAGUACUCGCACCACAGAAACAUCGCGACAUACUAUGGUGCCUUCAUCAAGAAGAGCCCCCCAGGCCACGACGACCAACUCUGGCUGGUUAUGGAAUUCUGUGGAGCUGGAUCUGUCACAGACCUGGUCAAAAACACGAAAGGAAAUGCUCUGAAGGAAGAAUGGAUUGCCUACAUCUGUCGAGAGAUACUACGGGGCCUAACUCACCUUCAUGCACACAAAGUUAUUCACAGAGACAUCAAGGGCCAGAAUGUGCUUCUGUCAGAAAAUGCCGAAGUAAAACUGGUUGACUUUGGUGUGAGUGCCCAACUCGACAGAACCGUGGGAAGAAGGAACACAUUCAUCGGCACCCCGUACUGGAUGGCUCCAGAGGUGAUCGCUUGCGAUGAAAACCCUGACGCCACUUACGAUUACAGGAGCGACAUUUGGUCUUUGGGAAUUACUGCAAUUGAAAUGGCGGAAGGAGCUCCACCUCUGUGUGACAUGCACCCAAUGCGGGCACUAUUCCUUAUUCCAAGAAACCCACCUCCCAGAUUAAAAUCUAAGAAAUGGUCGAGGAAGUUUAUCGAAUUUAUUGAGAACUGUCUGAUAAAAAAUUAUACCCAGAGGCCGUCUACAGAACAGUUGCUGAAGCAUAGCUUCAUCCGAGACCAGCCGACUGAGAGGCAGGUUCGCAUCCAGUUGAAGGACCACAUUGAUCGGACCCGGAAGAAGCGCGGUGAGAAAGAGGAGACGGAGUACGAGUACAGCGGCAGUGAGGAGGAAGAGGAUAAGGUCGGUGAAGAAGGUGAACCCAGCUCCAUCGUGAACCUGCCGGGCGAGUCCACGCUGCGGCGAGACUUCCUGCGGCUGCAGCAGGAGAACAAGGAGCGCUCGGAGGCGGUGAAGCGGCAGCAGCAGCAGCAGCAGAUCGUGCUGCCCCGCCGCGACCUGGAGGAGCGGCGGCGGCAGCUCCUGUCCGAGCGGCAGAAGCGUAUCGAGGAGCAGAAGGAGCAGCGGCGUCGGCUGGAGGAGCAACAGCGGCGGGAACGGGAAAUCCGCAAGCAGCAGGAGAAGGAGCACCAGCGACAGCUGGACGAGAUGCAGCAGCUGCGUAGGGAAGAGGAGAGGAGGCAAGCUGAGAGAGAGCAGGAGUACAUAAGGCACCAAUUAGAGGAGGAGCAGAGACAGUUAGAGAUCCUUCAGCAGCAGCUACUGCAAGAACAGGCUCUGCUUCUGGAGUACAAGAGGAAGCAGCUGGAGGAGCAGCGGCAGUCCGAGCGGCUCCAGAGGCAGCUGCAGCAGGAGCACGCGUUCCUGAUGUCCCUGCAGCAGCAACAACAGCAGCAGCAGCUGCAGAAACAGCAACAGCAACAACAACAGCAACAGCAACAGCAGCAACAGCCACAAGAGAAGAAGCAGCUCUAUUACUACAACAAGAAUGUGAAUCCUACCGACAAGCCCGCCUGGGCAAAGGAGGUGGAGGAGCGCUCCAAAAUGAACCGGCAGAACUCCCCUGCUGCGAAGCCGAAGAUGGGGACCACCAUAUCCGACCCGUCGCUGCAGUCCCUCUCUGAAACGGUCCCAAACAAUUCCACCCAAGCUUCUCAGACGCCGCCCAUGCAUCGUCCCGUGGAGCCACAGGGAGCUCAGUCAAAGUUUCAAGUGGCGCACCUAGUUGCACUGAAACCCUCGGUGCAGGUUCCAAGGUCUCAGUCGCUCCAAGAUCAGCCGACCAAGAACGUGGCCGCCUUCCCGAGCCAGGAGCCGGAGCCGGCGCCAGCGAAGCGCGGCGAGAUGCUGCGCCAGAACUCGGACCCCACCUCCGAGACCCCCGUGCUGCCCCCCCGCACCAACGACUCGGGCCCGUGGGUGAAGAUGGCAGAAGAAGCUCCGCCAAAGGUUCCUCAAAGAACGACCUCCAUAGCCACAGCAUUGAAUAGCAGCAGCGUUUUGUUAAACCGCCCAGGACAGGCACCACGUGCAAGCAAUCCGGACCUGCGUAGGAUUGAGCCGGGUUGGGAAAGAGCGGAGAGCCUUCCACAGAUCGGCCCCCACCGAGUACUCGGCACUGGUUCAAUGGAGCGCAACAGAAUCACAACCACAGCACCCUCCCAGCCCGAAGGGUCGCCGCUCCUCUCGCAGGAUUCGAACCGGGGAAAGCCAGAGGAGAUACGGACUACCUCACGACCCGGCAGGCCUGCUAGCUAUAAGAGAGCAAUAGGUGAGGACAUGCUGAACCUGGGGAAGGACGGUCGCCCCGACGAGCUGCCCAAGCCUCCGGUUAAAGUGAUGGACUACUCUUCCUCCAGCGAGGAGUCGGGCAGCACCGACGACGAUGACGAGGAAGGAGAGAACGAGCGUCAGGACGAGAACCUCUCCAGCUCCGACGGGUCCAGAUCAGGGCAAAACCGUGCCAAUGAUGGUGACACAGACAGCGUCAGCACAAUGGUGGUUCACGAUGAUGAGGAGCCGGCUGUGGUUGACACUUCCAACAGCAGCUACGGAGACGGGACCAUGAUUGUUCAGAUGACCCCUGAGGAGGAGCGAGGCGUCCAUCAUGCAGACAGCAACGGAUUCACCAGUCACGUCAACCUGCCUGACCUCGUGCGGCAGAGCCAUUCCCCGACCAAUACCAAAGGCCCCAAAUCUCAGCCGGAUGACAGCAUAGCAGAGUUUCAGUCUAGAGGCCUGGUGAAAUCCCCUGGAAAGUCAUCCUUUACCACCUUUGUUGACCUCGGCAUGUAUCAGAUGGGUGCUGGAGGGGAGACCAUCCAAAUCGCUGGAUUGAGUAUCAGCGACGUGAGUCGACUAAACCAGCAGAAAAACGAGGACAGGAAAUGCUCAGUGGUGAAUGUGAAUCCAGCCAACACACGACCGCACAGCGAUACGCCAGAGAUCCGCAAAUACAAGAAGCGCUUCAACUCCGAAAUACUUUGUGCCGCCUUGUGGGGUGUGAACCUGCUGGUGGGAACAGAGAAUGGACUCAUGCUCCUCGACCGCAGCGGGCAAGGCAAAGUCUACAGCCUCAUCAGCCGCCGACGUUUCCAGCAGAUGGAUGUCCUGGAAGGACUCAACCUCCUCAUCACCAUAUCAGGUAAACGGAACAAGCUGCGAGUCUACUAUUUGUCCUGGUUACGGAAUAAGAUUUUGCACAACGACCCUGAAGUGGAGAAGAAGCAGGGCUGGACCACCGUGGGUGACAUGGAGGGCUGUGUCCACUACAAAGUGGUGAAGUACGAGAGGAUCAAGUUCCUGGUCAUUGCUCUGAAGAACUCUGUCGAGGUUUACGCCUGGGCUCCCAAGCCUUACCACAAGUUCAUGGCAUUCAAGUCAUUUACAGACCUGCCUCAUCGACCGUCUCUGGUUGAUUUGACUGUAGAGGAAGGGCAGAGGUUGAAGGUUGUUUACGGAUCGAGUACUGGCUUCCACGCGGUCGAUGUGGACUCUGGAAAUACCUACGAUGUUUACAUCCCGGUGCAUAUUCAGUCCCAUAUGAUGCCUCAUGCCAUUGUGAUUCUGCCCAACACCUCUGGAAUGGAGAUGCUUCUGUGCUACGAAGAUGAAGGCGUCUACGUGAACACGUACGGCCGUAUCAUGAAGGAUGUGGUGUUACAGUGGGGCGAGAUGCCCACCUCCGUGGCGUACAUCUGCUCCAAUCAGAUCAUGGGCUGGGGCGAGAAGGCGAUCGAGAUCCGAUCCGUGGAGACGGGCCACCUGGAUGGAGUUUUCAUGCACAAACGAGCGCAGCGGCUAAAAUUCCUCUGCGAGCGGAACGACAAGGUAUUUUUUGCCUCUGUUCGCUCUGGUGGAAGCAGCCAAGUUUACUUCAUGACCUUAAACAGGAACACAAUCAUGAACUGGUAAAAAAAAAAGGGCCAAACCCGUUGGGACUACUGAAGCGCUGGGGUACUGUAAAUAUGA